UACAUGGCAAAAACAUUUUGCCACAUGGCAAAAAAAAUGCCAAAUAGCAAAAAACAAAUGCCACAUGGCACAAACAUUUUGCCACAUGACAAAUAAAAAUGCCACAUAGCAAAACAUUUUUGCCACAUGGCAAAUACCACUCUUGGUUCUCGCUGUCUCUCACAUUUUACGAAACACUUUUUAGAUCCAGGUUUAUUGUCGAUUAUUGUCGAUUAGCCAUCAGCAUGAAUGUAAAAGUGGUAAGAAACUUAUAAAAACAUGAUUCCCGUGCUGUUCUGUGAGGCCAAGUAUCAGCGGGAAAUUGAUAUGUUAACUUGAGGGCUGUUUAAAAGUCCACCAGGGUUGGUCAUUAAACUGUAUUGCAUCGCUUGAAGCCAUUGUUUUUUUUUUGUUGGUACACUUUGACUUUCACGGUAAAAUGGUGCAUCCUUUUUAAAGUGGAAUUUUUCAUCGGAGUGUGUAUUUGCUGAAGAUAGUAUAAUCCCUUGUCGGAGUUCAGCAGUUCAGUGUCAGUGCAAAAUAGCGAUGCGGCACCAUCACCCUUGGGUGUCACUUCGCGCUCCCCCUGACAGCAGCAAGCAACCGGGGUCUCCCCUGGGAUGUUUCAGCUGCUGUCUUUCAGUGAGGGCGUGCUGGAAAAUUUGUAUUCUAGACUUCCUUCCUUCCAUCAUUGUAGAUGAGGUAUGCUGGCUUUUUUUCUGUUUGGGGGCAAUUUUUCUCUCCGUUGCUCUUCCUCUCCGAGUCUCCGCUUAGAUCUCUAUCAGCCAUGAUUCAUCUGAUACGCAAUCUCACUCCAUCUCUGCUCUGCUCGACUGCAUCUUUUCCACCACUACUAUUCCCUUUACCCACUCUUAAUCUUCCGUUUUUUCAUGUAUUCCUGUAGGGGGCGCCUGGGUAAUUAGUAGAGGUGGGAAUCUUUGGGCACCUAACGAUUCGAUUACGAUUCAGAGGCUCCGAUUCGAUUACAAAUCAAUUAUUGAUGCACCACAAACCCCCUUUUUUUUAAAAAUUUUUUGUACACUAGUUCCAAAAUUGUUCAAAAAUCCUCUCAGGCUAAACCAAACUACUAUUUCAGUUUCAAGUUAACUGUUAAAAACAGUAAAUAAAAUACUCAAGUCCCCAUUUUGUAUCGGCAGCUUUAAACUACAUUCAAUUAAUUUAAUGUUGUGAAUCAACUGUUAAAGUUGUUAAAAUUGCUCCCGUUAUUCCAUAAUUUCCCUUCUGUCUACUUUCGACAUGUGAAAGUUUUAAAACUGUUUCAUCAUUUAAAGAUAGAUUCAAGUCAAGAUUUUGCCGAUUUAGUUUUUUUUUUAGAUAAAAAGUAUUUAGGUUCGCCACAACAGAGCCUUCUAGAGAAAACUACUGCUUUAAGAUGGCGUCUAUUUACUAGCGCGGGAAAGUCUGUCAUUUCGCAUCUAGUUUAUGGUAUAUGAUCUAACGCAGCCGCCGUCUGUCAUUUCACAUCUAGUUCUAGAUAUAUGUGAUAUCUACCAUAGCCGUAUGUUGCCGUAUGUUUGUAGCAACUACCAACUGUGCGCUGUUUGUAGCAGCUGACGGCCGCAGUCAGGUAUUGUCUUUUUUUUUUUUUUUUUUUUAUCUAGCGGCAUGAGUUGAACAUGAUAUUUACCCUCGGUCCGUUCCUCAUUGCGUCCUGAAGACCGCGCUGACUGUGUUUUAUUUCCGCUUUACCUGGUAUAAUUCAAUAAUCGGAAUUUGGAUGUUUGUGCCUCUAGUAAUUAGCGCCUUUUUUUCCUGUUUUACCCAAUUAAUAGUUAUAAAAUUGCUUGGAUUUGCUUCAAUUUGUAUGGUAAUGGUGCAAUGCAUUUUUUCUAGCGUAACGUCAUCAAUGGCAGCUAAUGAGUUCUAACUACUAGGGAUGUCCCGAUCCGAUAUUCUGUAUCAGUGUUGGACCCCGUACGGCCAUUUUUGGAGUAUCAGAUUUGGUCACAAGAUCUGGUCAGUUACAGUAGUAGCCACUUACUGCCCAUAGUUAGCUGGGAUUGGCUCAGCGCCCUCGCGAGGAUAAGCGGCUCGGAAAAUAAAUAAAUGAAUGAAUGAAUGGUUUCACACACGCAUUAGACUACUGCAAUUACCUGGAACAAGGCAUAAAUGAGAAACUGGUUUCCAUUAUAAAUUCCAUUAAAACUUUUUCACUGAUUUACAAAAUUCCAUCUAAUACGCCAUUCCUUCAUUUCCUCAAAUCGAAACGCAAAACCUCAAUUUGAACUAUUCAAGAACAUAGGAUGUACUUUAAAAUUGAAGAUAAUAUAAACAUAGACUUUUUUUUUAUUUUUUCAAAUAAUAAAGAUAUAAGUAACACACAUUAACAAAAAAUAUGCCGAACAUCGUUCCGGCCCGAAAUCUCAUGAUAGAAACUAAGCAUUGUUUUAUAUUCUUGAGGGAAAACACAUUUUUGCUUUAUUUUUACUGUUCUAAAAACAGUAGGUACCAGUAACAGUAGGUACUACUACUAAUAUACACUUAUUAACAAGUUUUACAAUUUUUCAUACAUAAUAUUACUUCAAAUACCAGGUUUUUGUGAAGCCAAUCAAAACAAAUGAUUAAAUCUACAUUUUCUUCUGUUAAUAUGACCUAUCCCCUUUACAAAACAAUUAGAGAAUAUUCUGGAAGUCUCGCGAAGUGCUUUGAACCUCAUUUGUAGCUUAUUUGUUGCUAAAAAAAACCCUCCGCUCUCAACUUGUUAUCGAUACCUUGGAGAGCGUCACCCACUCCAGUGUGCGGCGCUCUCCAAGGUACCAACCUUCUUUCCAACAGUUCAGCAGAUUAAAGCAACGCUAGUUAACUUUUCAACCUUUAUAAAAUAUUUUCAUUACAUUUCUGAUGAUAUGUCGGCCAACAACUAGUUGAAUGACACCUGUUUUAUAUCUUGAAGGGUUCUGUAUCGCUUUCAAUAUUUGACUUGGAGGAGUGUGGCAGAAACAAAAAAGCUGCAAUUUUGCCGACUGCUUUAUGGCAUACGUCUCUUUUCCACAUUCUGGAAAGAUGGCAGAGCAACAAAAGAGACAAAAAAGUUUUGUCUGGGGAGACUGAAAAAAAGGGAGGUUACUAGGAUAAAAGGGCACUCAAGAAUAUACAUUGGCCUUGCUUUCACUCGUUGGUGUGACCCCAACCGAACUCGUCAGCGCUGACGAGUUAUUUGGUACAAAAUCAAACGUUCUUGUCAACAUCGUCAUAUGCUAAUGUUUAGCCACAACUGGAUUCAUUCCUUCAUUACUAUUCAUCCUUACCACAGCUGCUGGCAACAGAAAUGUCAUUUAAUCCAUUUGCAGGCGACAGGGAGAUCAGGAUUUUACGACACUGUGCGCUGGUUCUCAUGGGAAAUGCAGUCUUCGGAAGUUCAGAAUUUUUUACAUUUGGCUUAAUCUUCGACUAACCGUGGUUAAAUGUGUCAGUGGAGUUGUUUUCAACAAAUUCCGUAGUUUGUUAGUUAUUUAUCAAUUUUAGAGCUCCUGGGUGUUAGGGUUGCGUGAGCAAGAGGGGAUCCCAGAGCAGACACACAGGGGGUGAGAGGAGUAAGCGUUUAUUGGCGAUCAUGAGAAUGUGGCUGGAGUGGAUGACUUGGCUCGUGGUAGAUGAGCUGGCGUAAGACGAGGAGGCUCGGAAGGAAGGCAGGCGUGGAAUCCGACGAGGGGCGCGCAGAAAACAGGACCUGGGACGAGAGCAAGGAAGUCAUAAGCCAGUGAGCAAGGAUAUCAUAUAGGAAUGCGAGAUACAACUGACGUGGGAAACAGACGAGUUGAUCGGGCGAUGUGGCGGUGCGUCCGCUGGGCUUUUAAAGCAGGCUGAUGGUAAUUGCCCACAGCUGUGGCCGCUCCACCCAUCUGACAUCAGACCUGUAAUCAGGCAAAAUCCCCUCACCUGAGGCAGGGCUCAGGAAGGAGGCCCUAACACUGGGUGGCUAAGCUAGCGCGGGUCAAUGGUUCCUUCCUAGCAUGCCAAUAAAAAAAUAUUAACAGACUUAACAUAGUCAAAUAAAUUCAAAAUGCAGAUCUUUGUUCAAAAUACCCAUGCAGCCAAAACAAUGUUACAUCAAACUGCCGUAAUUUAUUUAUUUCUGUGGGACAAUUUUUUUUAGAUGCGUAAUGCACCCACAAUAGAGAAACUAGAUUUCCCACCUUCCUCGAAUGCAGCAUCAGUCUACAGAGUCUUGACUGAGGAACGACAACGUAGUGAAAAAUGUGCAUUUAGAGGCUGUAGAAACAGACAGAAGAAAUGGGCGAAUGAGAGUUUCCACAAAUUCCCUAUAAAGAACGAGGAAAAAUACAAACUUUGGAUACUUGCUGCUGGCUAUGACAUAAGCACACCGGUGGGUGGAAAAAUUAUCACUCCACUCUGCAGCCUGUCGAGGCACUGGAUUACAAAUGUUGCUGUUCAUACUACAAAUAUUGACAUGCAGUGAUAAGUAUCCUGAAAACAUAGCCAACACUAUUGAUUGCAUGGGUCAUCGGAGAUUUUCGUUGUGCUUAUGUUGGUUUCUAUUGGCAUGCUAGGACGGCCUCAUUGACUCCUGCUAGCUUAGCCACUCCAGAGCCCUGAAACAAAUGAAUAGCUAACUAACUGCACAGAAUUUGUUGAAAUCGACUCCCUCGGCUAAUUUAACCUCCAUUAACUCGAAGAUUAAGUCUAGGUUAUGUACUUCCUUAAUCUAAGUACAUGUCAGGCCAAGACUUGAAUGGAACAACACUUCUUUAUUCAGCAUCACAAAGAUUCCUUUUUAUACUGUAAUAACACACCUACAGGAAGUGCACACUAUGGCAACAGCAGUGUGACAUAAAUAUGUUACAUCUCCUCCCCCCUUACACAACAUGUCCCAGAAAUAAACACAAAAGAAUCUCCUACUUUUCCCUUCUUACUUAUUACUUAUAAAUCCAAUAUAGCAGGCAGUCACCUGUCACGUGCAGGAUAACAAUGUUCUACAGUCCACUUGUGGAAACUGGUUCCAAUACCGGUUCAGAUUCCAUUUCUGCAUGGUUUGAAUUAGACACAAUUACAGCAGAAUUGUUUGGUUUUGACACAUCCGGUAAGACAGACUUUUCGGGAAAAAUUACACUGCAAUAAUCCCAAUCACUACACAAUUCUGGAGUAGUGCUGGUGUUCCCAACGAUUGAUCUACAUGCCGAUGCCAAACACCCUCAACUGUCUGAACUGUGUGGGGCACAGGCCAAGUUUGAGCAAUGAUGGUGGCAGAGGACCACUUUUCCUUACUCUGAUAACUCCGGGUCAUAACAGAGUCACCAGGUCCAAUAACUCUGUUCUUGGAAUGCAGAUCUCUGUACUUGACUUGUUUCUGUUGAUCCAUUUAAGCAACGUCUUUCAGGGUUUGUGGUUUCAGCAGGUCCAGGCCAGUACGUAGCUCUCGAGAAAACAUUAGGCUUGCUGGAGAUACCUUGAUAGUUGCAUGCAUAGAUGUUCAGUAUUUAAGGAGAAAUUCGUGUAGUCUCUGAUGCAGCGUACUUUGCCCUUGUAAUGCUUUGAGAGCAUGUUUGAGGGUCUGAACAAACCUCUCUGACAAGCCGUUGGUUACCGGGUGAUAGGGAGCCGACUUGAUGUUUUGAACCCCAUUGGCUUGAAGGAAUUCAACCCUUUCUUUUGACACAAAUUGGGGCCCAUUAUCUGACACGAGUUGUGCAGGGGCUCCAAAACGGCUAAACAUCUCUCCUAACUUCUCGAUUGUCUUUUCCAAUGUGGUUGAUUUCAUGAUAGCUACCUCUGGCCAUUUACUAUGGGCAUCGAUAGCAACCAGCAACAUUCGAUUUUCGAAAGGGCCCGCAAAGUCAGUAUGAACGCGGUGCCAAGGGUUAUAUGACACGAGUUGCGCAGGGGCUCCAAAAGGCUAAACAUCUCUCCUAACUUCUCGAUUGUCUUUUCCGAUGCGGUUGAUUUCAUGAUAGCUGCCUCUAGCCACUUACUAUGGGCAUCGAUAGCAACUAGCAACAUUCGAUUUUUGAAAGGGCCUGCAAAGUCAAUAUGAAUGCGUUGCCAAAGGGUCUUGAGGAAAAUCCCAAGGAUGAAGUGGAGCUGCAGGUGGAUUGUUGCGCAUCUUCUGGCAAUAUGAAAAUUUUUUUCCAGUUUUGUCCAUCUGUGUCGCUAAAAUCAGCAAAAAAUGAAAAGUUAGCUCGUGUUGGUUCAACACCAACUUUUCCGAAUCUUAAUUAGCGUCUUCAAUUGGUGUGUACAAGUAGUCCUAAAUGUAUUCGCACAUGAAUAACAAAUUUGAAGAUGAAUAUCAUGAUUUGUUCCUCUAUAUAAAGUAUGCAUUUUCUUAGUUACUUUUAGCUACAUACGAUAUUAUACAAUAAUGGCCUCAACUUUGAAUUCAUGAUUCCGAUUGGAUACAAUUUGUUGCCGUACCUAAUGUUUCGCCUUAUGUGUGUGUGCGUAAAUGAAAGGGUGCCUCCCAUCUUCCUAUUUCGUUGCAAUUUGUUUCACUCCAUCCCAAGCCUCUCUCUCUUCUCCCUCUCUCCUUCUCGUUCUCACACCACUGUAGACACACACGCACUCGCGUAAGCACGCAGCGCGCCGCCUGACAGCCAUCGCCUGUUUUUUCAAAAGCUGGGAGUGUGUUCACCUUGCAAUUCCACCCCCCUCCUUCUACCUUUCGCUCUCUUUCCUGCCCCGCUCUGUGCGGAGGAGCCUCCUGCAAUUCAGCCGUCGAGGGGGGGAAGAUCUGACCGGAGGAGCUGGAGAAAAAAAUAGGAGACGGCGAAGUGCGCAGACAGGGAAAGGAAAAGGAAGCUCUCACCGCUGCAGCUUUUGAUUCGAUUAGCAUGAAUUUCACAGCAAAUGCAGCAGUUGCGGCAGUCUAACUGGGAGCUCCGGUGAGACAAACACCAGCCUCGACUUGUCUGGGGAGCUGGAGCAGCGGGAAAGCAAAAAAACGGCACUGGAAUUAUUCUCUCAGCAAGUCGAAGAACAGCGCCUCGGGAUUGUUGCGACUUAUCUGGUGACGAUGUUUGAAUGGCGUUCUUUUCUUGGUGCCUCCGUUAUCAGUAUUGAUUGAUUUGAUUGAAAGGGACAACACUCGGACGUAUCAAACCUUUUUGUUUUUUUCAAUUGGCGCUCUGAUCCUCAAACCCUUGAGCUUCUUCUGGGAUUCUAAAACCGGCAUCUGGAUUCUCUGUAUUUUCGACAUCCUUCCACUUUGCCGUCUUGUGUCGUCAUUCAGCGUUAGAUUCAUUCAGCUGCAGACAAAAGUUCCGAAGGGAUGAAAGGAGUGUUUCUCCUCAUUAUGUAGGAUUGACUUCUGGGAAGGAGAUCCAGAAAAUCCCGUGAGGAAACAGCGUUUCAAUUAACUUGAUUGUGGAUAGAUAAUAAAAAAUGGAUGAGAAAAAUGUCGGAUUUCAUUUAAUUUAGAAAGGACAUUUGUUGGAUACAACGUUUGGAUAUCCAUACAAGACUGUCUGGGGAUUUGGAGAGUCAGGAAAUGUUUUUUCCUUUCAAGGGUUUUUUAAACAAGGAUCUUGUCAAUUUCAGUAUUUUGUUUUAUUUUCCACUCCUUGCUUGGGCUGAAAAGCAGGAGAUGUCGACUCCUGGAUUCCUUUGAGAUGUUCAGUCCUUGUAUGUGUCGUUUACAAGGGAGGGGCAUCCUCUUCCUCUCGGGCCCCACCCCCAUGGAACGGGAGAUGGAAGUGGAGGUGGACGGCGGGAUCUCGGUCGUGCCCAGGCCCGGGGCGGCUUCGCAGCCCGCAGCCUGGGCCAGUCCGGCCUUCCUGCUCAGGCUGGUGCUCUCGCUCGCCCUGCUGGUGUUCCCGUGCCCGGCCGUGGCGGCCAGAGUCUCCUCCUCCCUCAGCACUACCCACCACGUCCACCACUUCCACAACAAGCACGGCACUGUGCCCAUUGCCAUCAACCGGAUGCCCUUUCUGACUCGUGGGGGCCACGCUGGGACAACAUACAUCUUCGGCAGAGGCGGGGCCCUCAUCACGUACACGUGGCCGCCAAAUGACCGGCCGAGCACACGGGCAGACCGCUUAGCGGUGGGCUUCAGCACGCAGCUGAAAGAAGCCAUCUUGGUCAGGGUGGAAAGCGCCAAGGGACUGGGCGACUAUCUGGAGCUUCACGUAGAAAGGGGAAGGGUCGGCGUGAUCUUCAACGUGGGAACGGACGACAUCGCCAUCGAGGAGAGCGCGGUGAUGGUGAGCGACGGCAAAUACCACGUGGUGCGCUUCACGCGCAGCGGUGGCAAUGCUACGCUACAGGUGGACAACCAGCCAGUCAUUGAGCGCUACCCCUCAGGGAACUUUGAUAAUGAGCGCCUGGCUAUUGCUAGACAAAGAAUCCCAUACCGCCUCGGUCGGGUAGUUGACGAGUGGCUACUCGACAAAGGUCGCCAGUUGACCAUCUUUAACAGCCAAGCGUUCAUCAAAAUCGGCGGCGGAGAGAAAGGUCGCCACUUCCAGGGCCAGAUCUCAGGCCUGUAUUACAACGGCCUGCAGGUGCUCAAACUGGCCGCCGAGGGCGACCCCAACGUGCAGGCGCAGGGAAGCCUGCGCUUGGUGGGCGACGUGCCCUCGGUGAUCGCCACUGACACCACUUCCACCACGCCGCUGGCUGACAUGUCCACCACCAUUAUGGAGACCACCACCACUAUGGCCACUACCACCACACGCAAACAGCGUUCACCUACAAUCAGGGACAGUGUCACACAGAAUGCAGAUGAAAUUUUGGUCGCUUCGGCCGAGUGUCCGAGCGAUGAUGAAGAUUUGGAGGAGUGCGAGCCUGGAAAUGGAGGGGAAAUAGUCUUGCCCAUAAUAACGGUGGACUCGAUAGACCCCCCCUCCGUGGCCACCCACUACCCGGUAAUCCCUCCGCCCCCGACUACUUAUCGCCCUUUCCUCACGUUACUCGAAACCACCAAAGAGUCCCUCCCCUUGCCCAACAUGCGCCCCCCGUGCCCCGUGGACCAGGACGACUGCGACGUGGAAGCGUCCGCGUACGGCUCGGGCGAGAUGACCGAGUCGGAUGACGAGGACUAUUACAAAAAUUCCCCCCUGGUCACCGACAGGACCGUCCUCCCCCCUCCCCCUGCCGCGGAAGGCCAAAACCCCCGAGAUCGGCAUUUCUCGCACCUCCCUUAUCGCCCGCCCGUGUCUUCCGCCCCCACGGCGGGCCCCGAUCAGCUCAGCCCCCGCGUCAAGGCGGCGGCCGGCGGCAGCGGCAACAACAUCCCGGCCGGAAAAAUGAACACUCGGGAUCAGGUGCUGCUGCCGCCGGCCCACCCCUCGUCAGACCCGGUCCAACGCAGAGUGCCGGGAGUAACCCACAACCCCGAUUUCCCCCACGUUCCCACUCCAGACCCUACGUCCCCAGAAAGAGGUUUACCGGGCGCCGUGGAGGUUCAGCAGUCGAGCAGCACGACGGGAAUGGUGGUGGGCAUCGUCGCCGCCGCCGCUCUCUGCAUCCUGAUCCUGCUCUACGCCAUGUACAAGUACCGAAACCGCGACGAGGGCUCCUACCAGGUGGACCAGAGCCGUAACUACAUCAGCAAUUCGGCCACGCAGAGCAACGGUACUUUGGUCAAGGAGAAGCCGCCGAGCGCCGCCAAGACUGCCCCGAAGAACAAAAAGAACAAAGACAAAGAGUACUACGUUUGAGGGAGCGCCGCCGUGACACACGGAGGCAGGUCGUGUUUGAGAGAGAGGCGGGAGAAAGCACAAACUUUGAAUGUUUAAGCGUCGAAGGAAGUCACUUCUCGACCCUUCCCGUGCCAACGACCGAUCGGGUUCAGUUAUUCCUCUCGUACUGUACAGAAGCACCAUCAGUAUCCGCGUUAACAGUAUCCGGUGCCGAGUCCUCGCCGUCUCUCUCCACCGCACGUCUCCGGUGCUCAGCAGCUGACGCUCUGCCGUGUUACAAGCAUGUAGUAUUCAUUGAGGACAAAGACCAAAAACUUACUUUCUUUCCGUGGAGUGCUGAGAAAAUAAAAAAACAACUAAAAUAUAGUAGCAAUUUACGUGGGAUACCACCGCCAAUGGCUCCAGACAAACUCUCUUUGGACGUCUGUCGCGUUUCUGGUGCCCGGUGGGUCCGGCAGAGAAACCUUUGGACUGGACGGCGUCCGCUCUGUACGAAGGUAAAUAUACGGACAGACGUCGCAGAGUUGGCUGAGACCGCGUAGCUGUGACUCCGUUGUCGUCCGAACCAUUUCAUUGCCUAAAAUCCGCAGAGAUUGCCGGGCUGCGGGCUCGGCUCACUCUGAGAACGGGAAUCCCGACCGGACCAAAGAGCGGCCUUUGCGGUUCUUUGUCGACUCUUCGGAAGACGGGCGCUAUCAAGAACUCUAAAUCCGAUUUUCUCAGCUCUAUUAAAAGAAAACUGUACCACGACGAGAAAAAAAAUGCCGAAAAAAGUUUGUGAAAUGUCUAAAUAUUUGCCAUCGCAAAGACAAAACGUGUUUUCCUCCUGAUGAUUAUUCCUGUUUGCGAAAAGAAGAAAAAAAUCCACCGUUCUAGGCGAUGAGGAACAUCAUUUUUUGUUGUUAUUGGUUUGCCUUUGGUAAAUCUUGGGUAUGUACUUGUUCAUCAUUCUUACUCUAUUGUUUGUCCGACAGGCUUUUUUCGUUUCUCUUGUAUGGCAGAUUGUGUGUCCCUUUUUUUUCCCCCAUCCUACUGUUUUUCUAAUAAUUGCUUUUUUUAUCUGCUGUCACCUUUUUUUUUCUUUUCCUGACUCUCUGCCUCGGCCCAUAACACCUCCCUCACCGCACCUCCCCAAUAGCUUCCUGUUCUUUCUAAAUGUUAUUGUAAAGUGUUCCAGUGAGAUGACUCUAAAUAUGUGUACAUUAACAGAGGGAAUACACUUGGUUAUAUACUUCUUACUCCGUGUGUGAUGUGGUCUGUUUAUUCAUUCAACGCAGUAUGACCAUUAAAGCUCAAUAGGGUUGUAGACAGGGUUAUAUAAGUCCCGUAAUUUUCGGACUAUAAGGCACACCUGACUCCAAGCCGCCAUCCACCAAGAUUCAGAUUCAGAUAUUUGUCAAAGACACCAGCUCUCACAAGAUGACGACAAAAUUCCAUUUGAUGAGUGAGCAUCGGGCUACUGCAGACGUUCCGCGCCGCCAACUUCUCUCUCUUCAGAAAUUACAGAGCAAGUUACAAGUAGACACACGUAUCAUACAACAUAGCAGGGAUAUGACGCACAGGUCACGUGCAGGGUUUUUUGUACGAAACAAACUACUAGUCAUGGCUGGAAGAAGCCCCCCCCCUUCUUCAGUGGGGGUCAGUUAUCACUGUAAGAAAAGGACGGUGGCUGACUGGAGGGGGGG